UCAUCCGCCAGCUGCGCUGACAAGCUUUCGCCAUGGAAAUCUUUUCACCAGCCAACCGCUCGUGGUGUUGCUUGUCUCCUACACUCCAUCCAGCGCCGCCGCAGCCUCUCAUUCAACAUGUCCGCCUCGCACGACGCCGAGAAGGGCGCCUACGAUAAUGGCCCGCCUGCGUCAUUGGACCACACCCAUUCCAAUGUGGUCAACGAGGACCGCCUGAAACGGUCUCUAUCUGCCCGCCAGGUUCAAAUGAUCGCAAUUGGAGGUACCAUUGGCACUGGACUUUUUCUUGGUACCGGCAAAUCUCUCGCGACGGGAGGCCCUGCAAGUCUGCUAAUUUGCUAUGCCAUCGUCGGGGGAAUCGUCUUCAUGACGAUGCUUGCGCUUGGCGAAAUGGCAGCCUUUGUUCCCGUCGCAGGAUCUUUCUGCACUUUCGCCGGGCGCUACGUUGAUGAUUCCUUCGGAUUCGCCUUGACCUGGAAUUACUGGUUUAAUGAUGUGGUUUCUACGGCCGCCGACCUGGUAGCUCUACAGUUGCUUGUCCAAUACUGGACCGAUACCUUUCCUUGGUAUGCGUUAGGUAUCAUCGUCUGGGUUUUGAUCGUGCUGGCCAACAUCAUCAACGUCAAGGCUUAUGGCGAGCUUGAGUAUUGGCUUUCCCUCCUCAAAGUCGUCACUAUCAUCAUCUUCAUCAUCUUGAGCAUUGCCGUGAACGCAGGCGGGAACCAAGGUUACGGAUAUAUCGGCGGCAAAUUCUGGACUGUUGGCGACGCGCCAUUCGUAGGAGGAAUUGGAGGUUUCGCAUCCGUCUUCGUCACUGCAUCGUUUGCAUACGGCGGCACGGAAUCUAUUGCGAUCACUGCUGGAGAAACACGGGACCCGGCGCGGACCCUUCCUCGUGUGGUCAAGAAUGUUUUUUGGCGCAUCUUGCUGUUCUAUCUCCUUUCGGCACUCCUGAUCGGCCUGAACAUCCCUUACGACUACCCAGGUCUCAGCACCAAGUCGAGCAAGACAUCGCCAUUCACCAUUGCAUUUCAAAUGGCCGGGUCCAAAGCUGCUGGAUCAUUUGUAAAUGCGGUUAUACUCACAAGCGUAAUUUCUGCCGGUAACCAUGCUCUCUAUGCUGGAUCCCGUCUGCUUUUCACACUCGGAUCGAACGGACACGCCCCCAAAGUCUUCACUAAACUCACUCGUUACCACGUUCCUUGGGUUUCGGUCCUCACGACCAGUGUGCUCUCGAUCGUCUUCUUCUCAUUGUCCUUCGCGGGAUCCGGACAAGUAUGGACAUGGCUCCAAAAUAUUGUCGGCGUUUCGAAUCAAUUGAGCUGGAUAUCCAUCGGGAUCGCGUCUCUUCGCUUCAGAGCUGGACUCAAGGCUCAAGGCAAAGAGCAUCUCCUCCCAUUUAAGAAUUGGACAUACCCAUGGGGACCUAUCAUCUGCGUCGUUCUGAACUCAUUCAUCGUUCUCGUGCAAGGGUGGACCGCGUUCAGCCCCGAAUUCGCACCUAUCGAUUUCGUCAGCUAUUACGUGGAAAUCCCGGUUUUCAUUCUCAUGAUCAUCGGAUGGAAGCUGAUCAAGAAGACGAAGUUUGUCAAGGCGCAUGAGAUGGAUCUUGAAACGGACGUGUAUACCAAAGAUCAAAUGGAUCCUGAAGAAAAAGAUUGGAAGUCGAAGGGGAAGAGGAUAGGGACGUGGUUUUGCUUCUAG